UGUUGGUAGCAUUGGGGACGCUUGUUCUGAGGUAGCACCAGGGUAGCCAUGUUGGUGUAGUUCAUGGUGUUUUUGUUGUCUCCGUUCUCUGGUUGUUACUGUUGUUAUAUCGUCAGUGCAGAUUUCACAUAAAUAGAAUUGACUAACGUGUUUUAUGUUUGCCAGGAUUUGGUAGUUGUUCCUGACCAUUGUUGGAAGAUGUAUUUGUUAUUACUGUGAAUCUAAUGCACUAGGUGAUUGAUGCUAUUUGAUAUUUUCUUUCCAUCGUAACGUUACUGCGAAAUAUUGCGAUAGUGUUUUUAUAUAUCACUGAUAUAUAGUCAACCAGUGGUGUGUAAUUGAUGUAUUCAAUUAUGAGUUCAAGCAAUUCGUUUGAUUCGCCUGUGAGGUCACACGGAAGUUAUGGCGAAUUCGUGAGACCACAAUUUUCCCCCUCGUUUACAAGUUCACCUAUGUGCCGAAACGAUUCUUCCGACUUCAUUCCGUUUGGGCCUAGCCCUCCAGGACAUAACCGCGGGAGAGGCCGAUGGAGGGGUCGUAAUCGGAGCUUCAUGAGCAAUACCUCAACUAGUUCUGGGCACAACAGUAGUUUUAGUCCAGGAAUAGGAGAAAGGCCCUCUCCCUAUAAGCAGAAUAGCCCUCAUGGUCAUUGGAGAGGUCGAGGAAAUAAGGGAAAUUUUAGAAAUCAUAACCAAAGAGUAGAUAUAUCUGCUUAUUUCCACCCAUCAAUGCUUGAGGAUCCAUGGGCUGUCCUGGAAGAGAAAUUAGAAAAUGACCUGAAAUCCAAUUCUCAAUGUAGUUCGACAAGCACAAGAUUGGAAAGUGAUACUCGGAAUUCCGAUACUGAAUCAUCAGUAGAAAACGAACCAUCCAUUGAAAUUUCUUCUCAAGAGAGCGUGUCCUAGUAAUAAGCUCUAAGUGUUUAUUCCGUCCCGGAUGUGAAGUGUCAUUUGUACAAAAACACAAAUAUUUACAUUUAUGUUAUUACCUCUUGAGUGAAAUAUCAGUGGACAACAUUAUUUCUAGUGCAGAAAAGGAAUUGCAGAAAUAUUUAUUUCUGAAAAAUGAAAUGUUUUAUAUUUUUAAUGGAAUGCCUCAAUUUGAGUCAAUAGAGCAAAAUCAUUUAGUGUGAAUAGCAUACUACUUUGAUACUCAAAUUUUAAUAUGUAGAUAUAAAUAACACUUUUGUAAAUCAAGAGAAUUUAAUUUGGGGAAAGAACUGGGGGAUAAUAACAGGUACAAAUAACAGAGAGUACAAUUUUUAUCAGGAUUUUAUAUAAAAAUAUUUAUAACAUGGUCUCAUCUUUAUUUCAUUACAUAUCGAGCAUGAACGUAGGAUUUUUAACUUCAUGAUUUAGGUGCAAGUAGGUAGAUUUUCUUUAAUUUGUUAAAAAACAGAAGAUUAGUUUCUGUUGUAUCUGCUGGUUACGUUCAGUUCAAAAAAUUUUUGUUCUGCGAAUACUGACUCGCAUUGUUAUUAACAAUAGUUGACCUCCAUUUAUUCAAACAAAUUCUACAUUGUUAAUUGAAUAAAUUUUAAUUGUACAUACAUUUUCACUAUAAUAGAUUUGUGUAGUUCAACAAUUGCUAGUAGUUCAGCUUGACAACUUAGAGGAUAGGUGCUGUUAUGGUAUUGUUUUCUCUUUUUUAGUGUUGGGUGGCCAGAGUGAGUUACUUAUUGUAAUGAAAAGAUUUGUGAUUGCUAAGAAAUGUGUUAUUAUGAUUGCAGCAAUGCAUGAUAAAUGUUGAAACUAUGACAGAAUAUUAUAUUUUUCUCAUAUUUAUUAUUGUAAGCAAAUUAAGUUUACUUUUUAUUUCUUCCUUUUGAAAGAAAUCGUUAUAUUCACUACAUUAGACCAAUUGCCUACCAUGUAUGCUUGUGUGUGUGUAUGUGUUGCUGUUUUUUCUUUUAGUGAGAACUUUUUAAAUUAAUACAUAUAUGAAAAAAUAUAUGUACAGAAAGUUUAUGAAGAUGAAAAAUAAUUUCAUAUUUUGUGAAAUUGUUCACACAAAAGAUUCUUUGAAGAGCUUUCUGGUCCCUAGUUACAAAUACUAUGUAUGAUUCGGAGAAACAAAUUAAGUUGUUUAAAUAUGAGCGUUACAGAUGUUUGUUAAAUUAAUAAAAAGAGAAAGUGUGUCAUAUAAAUUGAUUAAGAUAUGUUGCAUUUGUAUUCAGAGAAUAUUUUGCAGUUCAUUCAUUACAUUCAGAGCAAACUGUUUGUGUAGCAAGUUGUAACAGUGAGGGAAUUGGUAUAGUCUACAAAUCAAAUUAAACGUGAAAUUUUUCGUAAAAUAGGUUGACAUGUGUUUAUGAAAAUGUUAUGACCGAUAGAAAUUUUGUUUGUUUGUUAAAAUUUGAUAUUGUUAACUAUCAAAAUUACAUCAUCCAAUCUUUUUUUGUACAUAUAUAAUUUAUAUUUUUGUCAUAAUUGUUUUUAUUUGAUUUGUUCAUUUUAUUACUACUAAAUGAUGAACAAUUCAGUUUAAAACUUUUUCAUUUGGUCUUUUAAGAAACUCUUUAAUUAUUGUUAAAAAAAUUGAGUGAGUAGAUGUAAAUCAUAUAAUAUUCAUUUUCAAUUUUACAAGCAAAUGUAAAUAUCAUUAAAGAUAAUAAAUUUAAAAUUAUAUAUUUCCUGCAACAAAAUUAAUGUUAUUGCCUUCUCAUAUUGGCCACUUAUUCAUCUUAGAUACUCGUCCUUUACUCACAUUUUACUUAUCUUUCAACUACAGUUAAAAUGAUGAGAAGGGACUCUGGAACUCAAGAAAACAUGCGAAGAUGAUCAGACCUCAUACGUCACAUACAAUUUUUACUGUUUUUUUGACUGAAAAAAUUUAGAUGUCAAUACCUAAGAAGAAAACACUAACGGGAAAGAAAGAAAUAAGUUACCAUUGGCAUUUUUUUGUGUACUUACCUUACGUGAAAUUUGCUAUUGAAUUUCCAAACUCCUAUGACAGGCAUGUGUGGUUUCACUUACUUUUACUUUAGCAAUCCUAAAACAUAUUUCCAAUUGAAAAAAUCCAGCUUCAAAAUAUCAAGUCCAGUACAAAUUGGUUCGAACUUCAAAAUGCUCAAUCUCAAUUACAAGAAUAGGAGAGUCAGAGUUAUCAAAAUUAACGAUGGGGGUUACCGUAAAGGAAAGUGACUUGGAAAAAAAAAUUGUGAUAAGUUUUCAGUAUUUUUCUCUCCAGUCAAUUAACAAUUAAACAAAUUCAACCUAAUGAGGGUUUUUUUAUUGCAUUUGUUCCCCAAGAUUAUCACACUGGGCACCAGAAGCAUUCAAAGAAUGGAAUAGCUUUUGUAGCUCAUUCAGUACAUUAAUGAAAGAGAUGACAGUUACAUUACGAGAAUGAAAAUAAAAUUUAGAAAUCAUUUGUAAAAGUUAUAUCUGUUUCUUGAAAUGAAAUUGUGAUGAUUAUUGUAAAAAGAAACAACAACAUACACCCAUGCAAAUCAUGAAGGAUUCUCAGAUAAGAUAAACCCCGUCCCCAAUAUUUUUCUUCCCUAUGUUUUAGAACAUUAUAUUUUUAGAAUAAAUUUAUUAUUAACAUUAUUUUUCACAAAUGAAUAGUUAACUGUGUAUUGUACUAACUUUCUUUUUACGGUAAAACUUAUUUUGUGAAGUCUUUUGGCUGGUUAAUGGAUUCAGGUCGCUUCUGAGCAGUUAUGAUUUAAAAGUCCUACAUGAUAAGGAUUAUAACAGAAUACACAGUUUGCCUCUGUCAUGACACACUCACAAAUUGAAAACAUCAGUUUUGUUGCAAAUGAUCUUGACUGUACAGGUGACACUACAUUUAAGGCUGUGGUGCUGAUGUUUCGACCAUCUUGUAGUUUAAACGACGGCACCGCGUCUUUUAAUGCAGUGUCUCCAAGACAGCCAAGAUGAUUUGCAUGAUUCUGAUCGCAGAAGCCUGUGACAAUGUAUUUGUUGUGGGAUUUGCAGUUCCAUUGUACCGUACUGUUUUUUGCAGUGUAACUGCUUCUGCAGCCAUUUACAAAAUGUUCCUCACAGCAGAGUAAAUUGAAAUACCAUCUAAUGAUUCUAUUCAGUUUAAUUGGUGUGUCUUUGACUAGGGGGAAUAGACAAAGGAAUUUUGUAUUACUGUGUGUCGAAGGUCUAGAACCAUAUUGUUGUGAGUCCCAUUUACUUCAUUUUACAGGACAAACAUUUAAUGUUUCAGCAUUUAACAAACAAUAAAGAAAUUAAAUUUAAUUUGCUUACUAUGUAAUUCCUCAUGGAUCUCUUUCAGUCAAAUCCUUCAGCAUAUAGGAAGCAUUUUGAUUAAUAAAAGUAUCAAAAUGUUUGAAGUGCAUAAGAAAUGUAUGGGUAAUGCUAAUAGUCUUAGAAAACCAUACAUAUCAAUAGACCAUAUUGGAAAAGGAUCAGAACAUUGAACAUUUUGCUUUCAUACUCCUUAUACGUUUUUUCCUUAAUCUCAUUUAUUGUGGUAUUGAAAGGUUGAAAGCUUAGGAAUUAUAUUCAGUAUGCCAAAUUAAAUAUACAUAUGGAGUAAAUGGAAAGCAUUUCAAUAUCACUGUUAAACAUUAUUAUUUUACUGCCACAAACAAUUACAAGACUUUCUAUCCUCCAUUAAUAAGCAUAAAAAUGUUUUAACUUUUUUUUUUUGUGUGUGUGUGUCCAUUUUGUAUCUAUUAAUGGCAAAAGCUGUUGGUUAAAGAUACAAUUUGAUCGAAUUUUGAUGGUACAUCAGCUUUCUGAAAUUCACUAUUGGGAAAUAAGCAUCUGUUUUUUUUUAAAAUAUUAUUUCGGUAAUACGUAUGCUCUUAUGUUUAAGGAAGUCCUUUUGUUUACACAUAAGGCAACUGGUUUAAAACUUUAACACUUAACUUGCCAACAUUUGGCUAACUUUUUCUUUUACCUGCAAUUCUGGAUACCCUUAAAAACAAUUGAUCAGUGCAGUUCUAUUUUUCUAAAGUGCCUUUAUAUUACUGCACACAUUACAAUUUCCCCUGCCCAGAAUUCUAUCAAAGCAAUGAUCUUGUCAGCAUUUUGAUUCUGUGAAACUUGUAUUUGUUUGUACUUCCAUCAAACUACAUUAUACCUUUUUUUACAUGGGUUUUCUUUUGAAAUUCGCCCUAAAGUUUUCAUCAAUGCUCUUGCAGUAUCAUUUCCUAAACGGUAAGAAAUGCCUUGAUGCAAUAAUAAAUAACACCCAUGCUUGUUAUUAAUACCAUAGUUGGUUAGAUUGUAUCACACAAAAGUUUAUUUAUGGAAGAACACUGAAGUGUUAUAUUAUGCAAACUAAUUAUUGUAGAAUUAUCAAAAUAUUGAAGAAUAGUAACACCUUUUUUACUCAUGCUCAAAACUAGCUUAGCAAAUCUUCAUAAUCCAUCAUCAUAAGAAAAUGCUUUUGCUGUGUAUUCUUGCAUAUGUAAUGCACCUUUGCAGUACUCUCUUUGGUUUGAAAUCAGCAGUGUUGAAAUAUGUGCUAGUAAUAAUAAUAAUAAUAAUAAUAAUAAUAAUA